AUGACAACAGUCACAAGGGUGACAACGGUGACAACAGUGACAACAGUGACAACGGUGACAACGGUGACAACGGUAACAACCUUGACGACAGUGACAACGGUGACAACGAUGACAACAGUGACAAAAGUGACAACGGUGGCAACAGUGACAACAGUGACAACGGUGAAAAGGGUGAAAAGGGUGACAACAGUGACAACAGUGACAAAAGUGACAACGGUGACAACGGUGACAACGGUGACAACCGUGACAACAGUGACAACGGUGACAACAGUGACAAAGGUGACAACAGUGACAACGGUGACAACAGUGACAACACUGAGAACGGUGAUAACAGUGACAACGGUGGCAACGGUGACAACGGUAAGAACAGUGACAACAGUGACAACAGUGACAACGGUGACAACGGUGACAACAGUGACAACGGUGAAAACGGUGACAACAGUGAAAACGGUGACAACCGUGACAACGGUGACAACAGUGAUAAUGGUGACAACAGUGACAACAGUGACAACGGUGACAACCGUAACAAUGGUGACAACAGUGACAAUAGUUACAACGGUGACAACGGUGACAACAGUGACAACAGUGACAAUGUUGACAACAGUGACAACAGUCACAACGAUGACAACAGUGACAACGGUGACAACGAUGACAACAGUGACAACGGUGGAGACAGUGACAAUGGUGACAACGGUGGAAACAGUGACAACGGUAACAACGGUGACAACGGUGACAACCGUGAAAACGGUAACAACGGUGACAACCGUGACAACGGUGUCAACGGUGACAACGGUGACAACAGUGACAACGGUGAGAACAGAGACAACGGUGACAACGGUGACAACAGUGACAACAGUGACAACGCUGACAACGGUAACAACAGUGACAAGGGUGACAACGGUCACAACAGUGAGAACGGUGACAACAGUAGGGACUUUAAGAUACGGCGACUACGGACUCCGACUACGGAUAAACAUGCUACUGCGCAUGAUCAAAACCACGUGACUGUUCGUUUUUCCCACGUAGUCCUGCGGCUUCCUUCGGCAACGGUGAGUGGCUGAGCUGUUUCGCGUAGUCGCGACUACGGAGAACAUUUUGCUCGUAUUUUGCCGUCUCAGUACUUCAAGAAUCUCGUCUUUUCGUAAAAAUGUUUUUAAUUCACCUGUUUUAAGUGAGAGGGAAGGAAAAUAUGUAAGUUGUGUCUAAUUUCUGGUCAUAUUUACGCUUUUAAUGCACUGUUGUGACCUCAUUUUUAUCUAGCUAAGCCCUCAUUUAACAAGAUUAGCUGUUUAUACGCAGAAUUCCGAUUGACGGCCGAGGAGAAGAGAAAUCAUGCAGGUGAUUUACUUUCUCUUAGCACUUGAAAAGAUUCAAUGUUUGUUCGAACUGAUUAUUGUGUCUUUCUACUUGUGUAACCUUUGUUUAUGCGAGUUUUUGUAUCGCCUUCGCUGAUUGAAAAUGAUGUAAACAUCUUCGAGACAAUCGAAACUCGGCAUUUCAAUACUUCUGACUAAAUCUGAUCAGUAGUCGGAGAAGUCCAUAUUCUAAAUCUAAUAAAUGAGCUAUUACUAUUUCUGUCCAUUUCUUUAAUAUUUGACAUAAGAAUUCAUGGGCAAAACUAAAACCUGUGUAACCAAAACUUUGUUUACAAUUUCACCCGACGUAAUUGCUUCCUUCAAGUAUGGAAGAAUUUGUUCAUUGUUCUAAAGAUAAGAUCACAUGCAAAACUGACUUGCAUUUUUGUGAACUGUGAUGAAAACAAGAAAAUCUUUGCGUGUUGUUUCCCUCUCAGCCUCUUCUCUCGUAGUCUACUGUCUGUAGUGCAAUCUUAACGUUCUAUAUUUCCACGACUCAAUCCAGUGCUACGAACAAAGAACAACGCUCGUCCGGCCGUAGUUCGUAGUCCGUAGUCGCAGUAUCUUAAACUCCCUACUGACAACGGUGACAACGGUGACAAUGGUGACAACAGUGACAACAGUAAAAAUGGUGACAACGGUAAAAACAGUGACAACAGUGAAAACAGUGACAACGGUGACAAUAGUGGAAACAGUGACAACCGUGACAACAGUGACAAUGGUGACAACGGUGACAACGGUGACAACGGUAACAACAGUGACAACAGUUACAACCGUGAAAAACGGUGACAAUGGUGACAACGGUUACAACGGUAACAACAGUCACAAUUGACAACAGUGACAACGGUGACAACGGUGACAACAGUGACAACAGUGACAACGGUGACAACGGUAACAACAGUGACAACGGUGACAACAGUGACAACAGUGACAACGGUGACAACCGUGACAACGGUGACAAUGAUGACAACGUUGACAACGGUGACAACGGUGACAACGGUAAAAACAGUGAUAAUGGUGACAACGGCGACAACCGUGACAACAGUGACAACCGUAAAAAUCGGUAACAAUGGUGACAACGGUGACAACGGUAACAAUAGUCACAACAGUGACAACAGUGACAAUAGUGAGAACAGUGACAACGGUGACAUUGGUGACAACAGUGGGAACAGUGACAACGAUGACAAUGGUGACACGGGGACACCAGUGAGAACGGUGACAACGGUGACAACAGUGACAAUGGUGACAACAGUGACAAAAGGGAGAACGGUGACAACAGUGACAACAGUGAAAACGGCGACAACCGUGACAACGGUGACAACGAUGACGACGGUGACAACGGUGACAACAGUGAGAACGGUAACAACACUGACAACGAUGAAAACAGGGACAACCGUGACAACAGUGACAACGGUAAAAUCGGUGACAACAGUGACAACGGUGACAACGGUGACAAAAGCGACAACGGUGACAACGGUGAAAACAGUGACAAAGGUAAAAACGGUGACAAGAGUGAAAACGGUGAAAACCGUGCCAACGGUGACAACGGUGACAACAGUGACAAUGGUGACAACAGUGACAAAAGUAACAACGGUGACAACCGUACCAAUGGUGACUACAGUGACAACAGUUACAACAGUGACAACGAUGACAAGAGUGACAACAGUGACAAUGUUGACAACAGUCACAACAGUCACAACGGUGACAACAGUCACAAGAGUGACGACAGUGACAAUGGUGGAGACAGUCACAAUGGUGACAACGGUGGAAAGAGUGACAACGGUAACAACGGUGACAAGGUGACAACAGUGACAAUGGUGACAACGGUGACAACCGUGACAACGGUGUCAACGGUGACAACAAUGACAACAGUGACAACGGUGACAACCGUGACAACAGUGACAACGGUGACAACAGAGACAACGGUGACAAUGGUGACAACAGUGACAACGAUGACAACGCUGACAACGGUAAGAACAGUGACAAGGGUGACAAAGGUCACAACAGUGACAACGGUGACAACAGUGACAACGGUGACAACGGUGACAACCGUGAUAACGAUGAGAACAGUGACAACAGUGACAACAUUGAUAACGGUGACAACAGUGACAACGAUGACAAUGGUGACAACAGUGACAACGGUAACAACGGUGACGACAGAGACAACAGUGACAAUGGUAACAACAGUGACAACGGUGACAACACUAAUAACGAUGACAAAAGUAACAACCGUAACAACGGUGAUAACAGUAACAAUGGUGACAUCGGUAAAAACAGUAACAACGGUGACAACACUUAUAAAGAUGACAAAAGUGAAAACCGUGACAAUGGUGAUCACAGUGACAAUGGUGACAACCGUGACAACGGUGACAACGGUGACAACAGUGACAACAGUGACAAAGGUGACAACGGUGAUAACAGUGAUAACGGUGACAACAGUGACAACGGUGACAACGGUGACAACGGUGAAAACAGUGACAACGGUGACAACAGUGACAACGGUGACAACGGUAACAACGGUGAAAACGGUGACAAGGGUGACAACAGUGACAACGGUGACAACGGUGAGAACGGUGACAACAGUGACAACCGUGAGAACAGUGACAAUGGUGACAACGGUGACAACAGUGAAAAUGGUGACAACAAUGACAACGGUGACAACGGUGACCACGGUGACAACCGUAACAACGAGGACAACGGUGACAAAAGUGACAACGGUGACAACGGUGACAACAGUGACAACGGUGACAAAGGUGACAACGGUGAUAACAGUGAUAACGGUGACAACAGUGACAACGGUGACAACGGUGACAACGGUGAAAACAGUGACAACGGUGACAACAGUGACAACGGUGACAACGGUAACAACGGUGAAAACGGUGACAAGGGUGACAACAGUGACAACGGUGACAACGGUGAGAACGGUGACAACAGUGACAACCGUGAGAACAGUGACAAUGGUGACAACGGUGACAACAGUGAAAAUGGUGACAACAAUGACAACGGUGACAACGGUGACCACGGUGACAACCGUAAAAACGAGGACAACGGUGACAAAAGUGACAACGGUGACAACGGUGACAACAGUGACAACGGUGACAAUAGUGACAACGGUGACAACAGUGACAACGGUGACAACGGUAACAACGGUGACAACGGUGACAAGGGUGACAACAGUGACAACAGUGACAACAGUGACAACGGUGACAACAGUGAAAACCGUGAGAACAGUGACAAUGGUGACAACGGUGACAACAGUGACAAUG